GUCAAAGUCGAACAUGUUCAUGAAGCAUCAAAACUACUGAGCAAGUCGAUUGUCCGUGUUGAGCAACCAGAUAUUGUCUUACAGGACGAUGAUGCACUUUUAUUGGACGAGAUGGAAGCGGUGGUGGAACAAGAUGCUGGAGCAGGUGUAGGCCCGUUGCGUGAACGAAACGAGGAGCCGAGCGAAGCGCCAGCAAGGAGGGGUGCUGACGAAGCAACAAAGAAGGUUGAUUCUGGAAAACUGAAAAUAAAGUUUGAGCUGUACAAGCAAAUAGCCGACAUGUUAGUACUGCAUAUCAGACACGAUGAAGAAGUAGAAGGAGUUGUUGAAUCGUGGGAAGGCGUCAAGCACUGUGAAAUUUCUAGCAGUUUAUUCUUCAGGUAUAUGGAUAUGAUUGGUGAAACGAUUGAGACAGAGGAAGAAUAUAACACUCAAAAGACAAUUUGUGAGCGUGUAAUAAAGCGUCUGAUCUAUGACGACAAUGUUUUAAUUCAGCUGAAUGCUGACACCGAUGAAGAUCCAGUUGUGGUUGUUCACCCCAAUUAUGUGGUUGGCGAUGAGUGA